GUUUGAUAAAAACAAGUAAUUUUAUCAAUCAUUUUUAAUUUUUAUGAAAAUUUUUUCAUUUUGAAGAAAUUUUGUGUAAAUUUAAUAAUUUUAUGAAAUCUUUCAAAUUCGGUUUCUGCUGAUUUUCAUUUGCGAAGUCUAAUUUAUUUGAAGAUGGGACGAAAACUGAAAUACCAUGAACAAAAACUUCUGAAGAAUGUGAAUAUUUAUUCAUGGAAAAUUGACAAUAAAGCUUACGAUUUUCGUGCUAUAAAGAAAUAUGUCUUGAAAAAUAGAGAAGAAUAUACCACGUAUAACAAACUAUCUAGAGAAAUUCGAUUAGUAGCCAAGAAAAUUUCUGAAUUAGAUGCAACAAAUCCCUUUAGGAAUGAAUGCAGCGCUCGAUUACUGAAAAAGUUGUACGAUAUGGGACUGAUACCGAAAAUAUCCAAUUUAGAAGACGUAGAUCGUAUAACAGCAAGUACAUUUUGUCGUCGAAGACUUCCUGUCAUUAUGGUAGCUCAAAAAAUGGCAGAAACUAUUCAAACUGCCUCGCAAUUUAUUGAACAAGGCCAUGUCAGAGUUGGUCCCGAAUUGGUCAAAGAUCCUGCUUUUUUCGUCACAAGGAAUAUGGAAGAUUUUAUAACUUGGGUCAAUACAUCUGCUAUCAAACGACACGUUAUGGAAUAUAAUAAUCAAAGGGAUGAUUUCGAAAUGAUGUAACUGAAGUAAGCUGUCUUCAAAAGUAAAAUUUGAAAAUUCGUGUAUCCCAAGGCUGUGAGAUCAUCGAUCGAUAAGAAUUCGUUUGAUACCUAUUUAAUAAAUACAUAUAACGCGGAUUUGGAUUAUGAUUCAUAACUCUGAAUUUUGAGUUAAGGAAUAUUUUCAAAAAAAUUAAUAAAUUUUUUGUACCCAA